UGAGCCGUUGGAUCUAAUCCCGACGGCCCGAAUUCGAACGCUUUAGUUAGGGCUGUGAAAGCACGCCACGCUGAAUAGUCGGGCAAACCCACCCCGAACACGCGAGCCGCCGCCGGCUGCACACCAGAGCAAGGCAGCGCAAACGCCGCCGGAUACCUCGCUCGCCGACCCUCCUCGCCUCCUCCUCCCAAUUCGUUGGGUUCAAAGCCCUAUACGGUGAGCUUGCCUCCUCCGGCCCGCGGCUCCGCCCUUCGCCACCCGCCGCCGCCGCCAUGCUCUACAUCGUAGGGCUCGGCCUCGGCGACGAGCGCGACAUCACGGUGCGGGGGCUCGACGCCGUGCGCAGCUGCUCCAAGAUCUACAUGGAGGCCUACACCUCCCUCCUCUCCCUCGGCCUCGACCCGACGGCGCUCGCAAACCUGGAGAAGCUGUAUGGGAAGGAAAUCACGGUCGCUGACCGGGAGAUGGUGGAGGAGCGCGUCGACCAGGUGCUGCUUGAGGCUGCUGAUGCCGACAUCGCCUUCCUAGUCGUCGGCGACCCGUUUGGGGCAACUACACAUACCGAUCUGGUUGUUCGCGCCAAGAAAAUGGGGGUACAAGUGAAGGUGAUUCACAAUGCAUCCGUCAUGAAUGCAAUUGGAGUUUGUGGGUUGCAACUUUACCGCUAUGGAGAGACUAUCUCAAUACCAUUCUUCACGGAGGAAUGGAGACCAGAUAGCUUCUACGAGAAGAUUCAGAAUAAUUCCCGGCUUGGGCUGCACACGCUUUGUCUACUUGAUAUCCGUGUAAAGGAGCCUACAUGGGAAUCUUUAGCCAGAGGGAAAAAAGUCUAUGAACCACCAAGAUUCAUGACCGUAAACACCGCUAUAAGUCAGCUUUUGGAGGUGGAGGAAGUGCGUGGGGGAUCUGCAUAUGGCAGGAGUACACUGUGCAUAGGAGUGGCACGCCUCGGAAGUGAUGAUCAGAAGAUUGUUGCUGGGCCUAUGGAGAAGCUACUAGACAUUGAUUUUGGCCCACCCCUUCACUGCCUGAUCAUAGUGGGAGAGACUCAUCCAUUGGAAGAAGAGAUGCUAGAGUUUUACAAGAUGUAGUAGUUUCAGAAAUUCUUUCGUGUGUGUCGACACUUUGUAUUGAUGAAGGGAAUCAUUGGACACUUCCCUGUCAAAAUUGUUCAAUCGAUAGCCAUUUUGUCACUUUGUUUUCGAUCUGAGAACUUGUAGCCAGGUGGAUGUAGAAUUACGCUCAAACAACAUUUUCAGGUUU